AUGGAAGACGACGAUAUGGAUGCGUCGCUUGAUGGGCCCAUGUCCAAGCGUGCGAAGAAGAUUGAUAGAAUUGAAGACCGCUUAGCUGGUAUUGAGAAUGUUCUUGCCAGUCUCGCAACGAAACUCGGCAGUCUGGACCUCCAGAAAGACUCGCAUGAAUCCAGCAGCCAAUCGCGGUCGAGCCGAGUUGGCCCUUCAAGGAGUCCUGGAAGUGUCCUCGUCGAAGCCCCCACACCCGCGCCAUUCGAGGGCGAGAGUUCUAUCAAUAGCCAGUCAGACUAUGCUCGCGAGAUGCUGGCACGAGCGAUCGGGAGUACACCCUCUAUUGGACAGAAUGAAGAAGUCAAGUUGGCACUUACUGCUCUUUCGGAGAUGGUCUCUCAGCACGGCCAAAACCCUGCAACUUCCAACCCCUUGAUCAACCAGUCACUUGUCGACAUUGACCCAUCGAAGCUGGAACGACCGCCUUGGGAAAUUGCGUGCUAUGCUUUGGAGAAAGCUAGUGUGGUGUUUCCGUUCUUGAGAAUGGCCAAUCUCAAAGAGAUCUUCUAUGAUGUGUAUCAUAACCCAGAAACUUGUAGCGCCGCUCGCCGUGUGCUCACGUUCGGCGUGUUGGAGAACGUGUUCAACGAAUUCCGGACCUUGCCACUAGUCAAUAUGGACACCACCAACUAUCAAUCGUACGCCAUCAUAAGUCGCAGGCAAACAGAGGUAGCACUGUCGCAGCUAGCUAUAUUCUUACCGGCAAGCUACGAGAAUAUUAUGGCUUUGGUCCUUGGCGCUGCGCAGGCGGUCGAGAUGUGCAAGCCAUCUCUUUGCUGGAUCAUGAUAUCCAGCGCUGCGGGCUUGUGUCAGAGCUUGGGCUAUACGAAGAUCCAUAUCUUCUGGAUGAUCUACAUGCUUGACAAGACGCUUUCGCUACGUUUGGGUCGCUCAAGUAUCCUCCAGGACUGGGACAUAUCGUUACCGUUUGUAGUAUCCAGCGACCCUAACGACAAGCACGCCGAAUCAAGCGCCUUCUUGUCGUACUGGAUUAAGGUUGCGCGAGUCCAGGGCCUGACAUACGAGAAGCUAUUUUGCCCUGCCGCCUUUACAAGAUCUACGGAAGAGCGCACGCGAAUCGCGAUUGAACUUGUCAACAGUCUUAACCAAGCCUGGUACGAGCGUGGGGAUGCGUCGAUCGUCGACUUUUCGCAACAAGGCCAAACGUAUCAUCUCGGUACGCCGAGAUCGAACAAAAUAGGCAACAGUCCAAAUGAGACACCACUCCCGUCUCAAUACAAGCGCUAUGUGCACAAAUCUCAGGGUAAACAAGGAUCAGAAGUCAACGAAUACGUUCAGGGAAAUAUGAGCUUUAAUCAGGAGUGCCUCGAAUCCUCGAGAGCGGCCCUUGUCGCACAUAUGAGGGCUAGUGCACAGUUCAACAAAAAGGGUCAGGAGGACCUCUGGUCGGGAUAUGUACAUUGGUCGGUUCUUCAGGCACCGUUCACACCUUUCAUUGUGAUAUUCUGCCACUCCAUCCAAAAGGCCGAUACGUCCGACGUUGAACCAGAUCUAAACUCCCUUUCCGAAUUUGUCGGCAGCCUGGAAUCUUGCCGCACAAUUUCCGAAGGUGCAGACAAGCUCUACAAGAUGUGCCAUCUUUUCCUACGAGUUGCCAGGCUCUACGUCACGGCUAAGAAACAGGAUGCUGCGUCAAGAUCCCGGGGAGUUAUGCAAAAUAACCAGUCAGGGUAUUAUACAACCGUUGAUGGCACGCAGCUGGACCUCAACGCAAUGUCCCAAUUCGAUCCGUACCUUAGUGCGCUUGGAUUGAUGCCUGAUACCGCAUGGCCCACGACAUAUCCCAACGCUUCCACUGCAGCCACGACGACCGCGUUUGAGCAAGGCGAGGCGAUGAAUAACAUGGAUGCCGUUGGUUCGUCCGGCUUCGGUUUUGGAGCGUCUCAGGGAAAUUCCAAUCCCAUGCAGGACUGGUUCUCAGGCUCACGCUACCUCAUGAACCUUAUGGAGCCAGGCGACGAUUUACAGAUGCCGGAUCUAGACCUGUAA